GUCUUCUAUGUUUUUCCUUUGUUUUCACUGUUCCUACUUUCACUGUUGAUUAUGUUUGUAUAAGUAUGAUUAGUGAUGUAUUAGGAAAGAAGAAGAAAUAAUAGAGGUUUUGUUUUAAUCUCUUUCUCUCUAAAUAUUCAAGUUGGCAUCAGAGCCAACCACCGGGGCUCUCUGUCUGACUACCAAUCGUCGCCGCCACCGCCGCCGCCGUCACCAGUGACUCAUUUUCUCAGGCGAAGUUAGGGGUUUUGUGCGCCUGCUCGAGCGCGACCCAUCCCUGGUGGUCGCUUUCCCUGUUUUCGCUGCACGCGCCGCCACGCGCCUCCUUCCUCCGUCAGACGUCAAGCGCGUACUGUUCACGCGCCGCCUUAUCCUUGCCGGACGAUCAUCGGACCACUGUCGUCCUGUUCGUCUGACUUUCCAGAGCUUCUUUUGGCUCUUAUUUUACUGUUUCAGGGGCUGUAAUUGAUACCUAGGGUUUCCCCCUCAAGUUGGCUCUUAUCUUUUACUGUUUCCAGAUCUCAUUUCUGAUUCUGGACUCCAGAUUCUUCUUACAGAUCUGUCAUGGCAUCUUCUAUUGGAAUUAAUUCCUCUCUAUCUGCUACUCCGAUCAUCACAUCUGCAAAGCUCAAUUGGAGAAAUUAUUUAUCAUGGUCUUCUGCUGUGGAAUUGUGGUUUGUUGGUCAAGGACACCAUGAUCAUCUUGAACAAGACAUUUCUAUGAUUCAAGACGACGAAAAAUCCCAAUGGCAAAAAUUGGAUUUUCAGUUAUGUGCAAUUUUGUGGCAGUCUGUUGAGCAAGAAGUUCUAGAUAUAUUAAGACCCUAUAAGACUUGUUCAUCCUUUUGGAAAAGGGCACAAGACAUAUUUGCUAAUGAUGUACAACGUCUGUUUGAUGCAACUCAAAGAGCAUCAUCUCUAAAGCAAGUCAAUCAUGACAUGGUUUCUCAUAUAGCAAAGGCUAGGGCUGCUGUAGAAGAAUUAAAGAACUUCUUUAUAGCUGAUUCAUUAGAAGGGAUCAAUAAAAAGCUUGACAAGUUUUACAUGGUCCUAAUUCUGAGAAGUUUACACUCAGAUUAUGAUCAUGUACGUGAUCAGAUUUUAGCUGGUGAUCAAAUCCCAUCAAUGGAUGGCUUAGUUACUCGACUUCUUCGAGUACCUACAUCAGUGAAAAAUGAGAAUCCAAUUGAGGUUAUUGAAACAUCAGCCAUGACAAUACCCCAAGGAAGAGGAGUGGCACAAGGGAGAGGAGGAGGCAGAAGCAACCGAGGACGUGGUGGUCGUAGUAUACGUCCUCAAUGCACAUAUUGUAACAAAAUAGGUCAUACUCGGGACAAAUGUUAUAUUUUACAUGGAUAUCCAGACAAAGUUGCUCAUGUUUCUAAAGCUGGUGAUCUAGAAUCCAGAAUUUCAAAUGAAGAAUAUGAAGAAUUUCUCAGAUACAAGUCUGGAAAAUCAUUUAAUCCUGGUCAAUCUUCUGCCAUGACCAGUGUGCCUACAACCAACCUAUCUAAAUCUGUGGAAGGUCAUAAUCCAUGGAUUCUUGACUCCGGUGCCUCUGACCAUAUCUCUGGAACAUGGGACAGGUCGUCUGAUUGGAGAAGGACAUGAGUCUCAAUGACUUUAUUUCUUAAAAUCUUGUUCUUCAGUUUCCUGCUUUACUUCUUCAUCCCCAAAACUUUUGCAUGAUCGUUUAGGCCAUCCAAGUUUGCUCAAGUUGAAGAUGAUGGUUCCAAGUCUCAGAAAUAUUCAAGUCUUAGAUUGUGAGUCUUGUCAAUUAGGAAAACAUGUUAGAUCUUCCUAUCCUAAAAGAUCUGAGACACAUUGUAAUUCUCCUUUUUCAAUUAUUCACUCAGACAUUUGGGGACCUAGUCGUGUUAUGUCAUUUGGUUUUAAUUAUUUUGUAACUUUCAUUGAUGAAUUCUCUCGGUGUACUUGGGUUUAUUUAAUGAAAGAGAGAUCUGAACUUUUGUCUA